AUGAAUAGAGACUACACUUCGACCACAGCGCAGCGCAGGCCAGUACUCAAAAGCACCGUACCAAAUGUUGUACUCGGCAUGGCGAUACAGGUCGCUCGAAGGUUUCUGUUCAUCGAUCCGAAAAAGAAAGCCAUUGCAUUUCUGGCAUUCGUUGCGCUGUUAUCAGUGAAGCACAGUGUUUUCAAUCAAUAUGGCGUUAAACUUGGAUGGAUGUGGACAUGCUUUAUUGUUGGGCCUUUCAUUUGGUUUUCUUCACGAGCUCAUCAUCGGGACAAGGACAAAUCCAUAAUUGAUAUUUUGCGGCUAGCAGUGGGACCAUUGCUGGUAAUGCCAAGCAUUUGGCAGUUAUAUGCUUGCAGAUUUCAUCGAUUGAUGCAAUGGACUUCUCGUUGUGACCUCAGUAUUCGAUAUUCUCGAACGAUGUGCAAAGAGAAAGGUGGUGUAUGGAUUCCAGGAUUCGACAUUUCUGGACACUGCUUCCUCUUGAUAUACAGCAUGCUGGUAAUGGCUGAAGAGGCAAAUGCAUUCCGAGAGUGGCAGCAGGUCGUUCAUCGUGACGACGACUGUGGUAUCGUAAUGAGAGAGCGACAGGAGAGGCGAGUGAAGCUAGCGCAAUACUUCGUUGUUGGCAUGCUUCUUUUGAACAUUGUUUGGAUCAAACAGCUUACGAUCUCUAUUUUGUACUACCACAUAAUGAUCGACAAGGUUGCCGGUGCAUUGGUAGCUAUAUUCUGGUGGUACAUUACUUAUCAUAUUCUCUAUCCGAAUGGUUUCCUGCAACCACCUAUUCAUCGCAUUAAACCACCAACCAUAACUAAACGACGAUAG